CUUCUUCACAUAGUCUGCAUAACCAUACGACUUGGCCAGUACUGUUGUACCAUUUUUGACCACGAUAGAACCUUGAAGAUUAUUUAAAACGAAGGAAACCGACUCAUCCACAGCAUUGAAGAUAAUUCAUUUUCAUGAGAGAGGAGUAUUAACAUUCUUUUAUGACCAACCACCAGAUGGCAGCAGAGAACAAUGUGUUUUCCCUGUAGAUGGCAGCAUAGUUGUUAUUGCAGCUAUAAUCCCCAAAUGGCAUCAUAAAUCGCAGGGAAUUGGGCAUCAAGAUAACAGCUCAGUGAAUAAUAUAUUUACUCCUUUGAUGGCAGCAGUGUGAACAGCAUUUACUCACCAGAUGGCAACACGUACUUUCCUACAUUUACACCAUAGAUGGCACCAUAUGGAAUUCUGUCACUAGAUGGCAGGGUGGCAUAGUCUCUCGGGAUAUUUGUAUUAUCGCCCAGGAGGAGCAUUUGGUCGUAUAAAGCCCAAGAAGCGUUAUUGGUAUGUUUUUGAUGACAGCCAAGGAAAAUUGCUGUGCUUUAAAAAUGCAAACGAGGCAAAAAAGAGCAAACCCACUGAUAGCGUUGAUAUAAAAGAUGCCACCAUCUCUCUGAGUUUAGAUCAGAAUAAUCAGUUUAUUGUUAGCAUUGAGGGCAAAGAGUUCUACCUUACAGCUGACAACCAUGAGUCGAUGAUGAUAUGGCUGCUGGGUCUUCAGGCCAAGAGAGACAGUUAUGUGAAGAGAGCGCUUCGAGAGUCCAGCUCUGACAGCGUCAGUGAUGGGGAAGCAUGUGGCAGAGAAAGGGUAAGGAACAAGAGUCUCUCAGAAAGCAAGUCUUUGGUGAAUGACAUGGAGACGACUCAUUCCUCUGUUGUGAGGUGUUCCUCCAUGAGGGAAAGAAGAGAUGUGUUCCGCCUGAGGUUCCAGAGGUUUGGUACCAUAGACACAGGAUAUGGAGAGGAACGCCAGUUUGCAGUGCCACCAUUGUUGUCCCCAGAUGCACACAGCUUGACUGCGCCAUCAUUUCAGCUGACUUCUUCAGCAUCGUCUGCUUCUAGAAAAUGGAGCAGUGGAGCCAGUGGAGAGAGUGACGAUGCUUUUCUGCACACAGAGGAUGCUGGGAUAGCUAGAGAGGGCAGGCAUAGGCAAGGGAGCGAGAGAAGUGCCAGUGGUUCCAGCGACUCUGCCAUUGACUCAGACAGAAGAGUGACGGAGCUGGAGAGAGAGCUGAUGAAGGUCAAGGCAGAGCUUGCCUGUUCCUUAAACCAGGAGAGCAAGCUGAGGGAGGCACUGGAGAGGAAAGACGCUGCCAGACUGGAAGUUGUGCAAGAGGUGACUGCUGACAAUGAGAAAGGGAAGAGUUCUAAGCCUGAUGCCAAGCUCCAGGAGAAGACAAGGGUGCUGCAGAACCAGAACCGGUUUCUGAACGAGGAGGUAAAAAAACUGGGGAACCUCAGGCAGCUUGAGAGGGAGAAAUUUCAGGACCAGGAGAAAAAAAUCCACUGCCUUGAGGCAGAGAUAGACCAAUGGAAGAGGGACUAUUUGUUUGUGCUCCAGUCUACCAUUAGGAUGCCUGACGGGGACUUGGUGGAGGAAUAUGAAGUAAAACUGUAUGGAGGAGACAGGCAUCAAGUGAGACUGAGGCAGUUGCUGGAUGAGGCACACAAAUCUAAUCCCAGUCUGCCCUCUUAUGACAGGCUCCAAGAAGGCGAGGCCCACAUAGACAGCUACGGUUUUAAGCAGAGACCAGAAAACGACAGUCUCAUCCAGCACUUUGUGUGCACGCAGCUGUACCAGCACUACUGCCACCAGUUACAGUCUUAUGAACAGCACCAGCAGGCCUGGAGAGACUACCUUAAGCUGCACAGACACAGCCUGACCAAAACUAAAGAGUUGAAGACCCUGUGUAGGGCAGGUAUUCCUCCCCAGCACAGAGCCGAGGUGUGGACUCAGCUAAUAUAUAACCAGGUGCAGGACCUGGUCAAGACCAAGGGACCCCAUUAUUACCAGAAUGUCUGUAAUAUGAUGCCAGAUUCUGUGAAUGCUAACAGGUACCUGAGACAAAUAUCUCUGGAUUUAAUGAGGACAAUGCCCAACAACAUCCACUUCAGCAGUCCCACAUCAGAUGGGAUAAAGAAGAUGCGGGAGGUGCUCCAAGCCUUCUGCGUCCACAAUCCUCAGCUAGGGUAUUGCCAGGGGAUGAAUUUCAUUGUUGGGAUGGCUCUUCUGUUUAUGGAGGCCGAAGAUGCUUUCUGGACCCUGGUGGCCAUCACAGAGAAGUACUUCAGUCCGAACUACUUUGACCACAAUUUAGUGGGGGCCCAGGCAGACCAAGAGGUGCUGAAGGAGUUCCUGAGAGAGAAGCUACCCCAACUUUGGCAGCACCUGGAGGAGCUGGACAUAGAGAUCAGUACCGUCACCCUCAACUGGUUCCUACCCAUCUUUUUUGACGCUGUGCCCUUUGAGACUCUGCUGAGAAUCUGGGAUUGCUUUCUUCUGGAAGGACCCAAGGUGUUGUUCCGUUUUGCGCUUGCCAUUCUUAAAAUUCACGAGUCUUCUGUUGUGCAAAAAACUGAGACCAUCUCCAUCAUGAGACACUUGAAAGCCUGUGCCAAGUUGACCUUUGACAUUGAAGGGCUAGUCAAGACUGCAUUUGAGGACCUGAAUCCAUUUCCUCGAAGGAAAGACAUCACAUCCAAGCAGGCGUACUAUGUGAACAUAUUGAAGGAGAAGGUAAAGAAGAGAGAGAAGCAACAGCGGGCAUUCCUGGAGAGAGAAAGAAUGUUUGAAGAUCUGGACCUAUACUCUCCAGGAAAGAGAGCCCUCAUAGAGUGUGCUGUACAGUUCCAGGAAGGGAAGUUGUGGGUUUUCCAUGGCAACCAGCUAUCAUCCAGGGUCGCAGAGGUCAGAUGUCACAAAGGUUUUAUGUAUGACAUAAACAUAGAGUUUGACACUCGAGUCCUGUGUGCAUGUGCCCUCAGCCCCGAGGUUGUGUUGGUGGGAACUCUCAGCCAAUCACUGUUUGCCUACUGUACAAGGUCAAGAGUACAGCUAUGGCAUGUGCGCCUUAAUGACGCCAUCUUUGCACUGAGAGUGAUGGAUGAACAGGACAGACAGAAGAAGAUCUUUGCAGCUCUGGCGGACGGUACAGUGGCAGUGCUGGAGAAACUGUCCUCUUCAGACAGUGCGCAGUAUGAAGUAUUCUACAUCCCUGUUGGUCAGGGUCCUGUGACCUCCAUGCUGCUGAUAGACAAACAGUUAUGGUGUGCAACAGGGAACAUGGUCCAUAUUUUACAUGCUGUUACUCUGGACCCCAUGGACAACUUUGUGGUGUCCACCAACCCCUAUGACCACAUUCUGACCCUCGCCAUGAGCCAGUAUGGGGUCUGGAUUGCAAUCAAGGGGUCGUCCAUCAUUGAACUCUGGGACAACAGACUCCUUACGUGCAUGAUGUUCUUUGAUGUGAAGGAUAAUAGAUACCCAAACCUGAGGAAGGAGGAUUGUUGUUACUUCAAUGGGUCCCGUAUCACAGCAGUCCUGCCCAUAGAUCAUGCUGUGUGGAUAGGAACAGGAGACGGAAACUUGCUGCUCUACGAUGUCAUAGACAAGGAAGGUGUCUUUCACAGCAAGGCGGCAACCCCUCACAGUGACAGCAACCUCAGCUCUCCAUACUACACCAGCUGUGGACAAGUGGUCAAGGACCUGAGAACACUGCACCAGGUGGGGCACAAAGUGGAGGAACUGUACUACCAGAGGCUGGAGGAACAGAAAACUAACAGACUCAGUCCUCGCUGCUCACUGGGCGGUGGAGUUGAAAACUCCAGAUUUCCCCAGCUGGGGGCGCCAACCAGGCAGGCCAUCAGCGACUCUGCACUGGAUCAGUCUUCUAGAAUGCGAAAGAUCUCCCGCGACAGUGGAGUCACUGUCAUCUGGAACAACCCAGCUUUCUGUGACAAGGACAUGGAGGAAAACCUCACACCUAAACUGUGCAGCUCAAGUGAAAAUAGACUGGAACAUUUCACGUUUGAUCUAUCAGAAUUUAAUGGGCAGAAAUUUGAUAAGGUCAGAAAAGAUGAUACACCCUAUCAGUCUGGGUUGAAGAAAUUAAAAGAAAACAAUGAAAGUGAUGAUGUCAAAGAUAGUAGUUAUGAAUAUUAUUCAGAUUGUGACAGGGUUACUCAGCAUAUCAAUGGUGACUGUAAGUUGUCACCAACAACAUAUAAGAAGGACUUGUCUCACAGUGGUGUCAUUAAGAGAAAAGAAGACAAAAACAACGACUGUACAAAGUUCGUACAUGAUGCUUCCAAUGGAAGCAGUGUCAGUAGGCAGCAGAAUGGUGCUAAUUGCAACAGUGGUGCUAGUGAGGAGGUUGAUACAGAAGAAGGUCAGGCAGCAGGAUUCUUGUCUCACAGCCAGAAGGCAACAAACACAUGUGCAAGUGAACAGGAGCUGGAGGAGGUGGAGGGGAGAGUUAGAGAUGAACAAGCAGAAGAUUUUCAAGGUGAAACAGAUUUGGAGAAAGAUGCUGAGAGGUUCCAAAUGGAGGCGUGUGCAAAAAAGCAAGGGAAGUGUAAUGGAUCGGAAAAAGGUUUGUGUACAAAGGAAAGAGAUUUGGCAUCCUAUACUGCUGAAGAAGGCAUACAGGCAGCUUAUCAUAUGGAGCAGUAUGAGGGAAAGCAAGGUGUCAUGAUUUCAGAUUCAGACUUUGACACAGGAAAUGAGGAAAUACACGGAAAUCAAAUGUUAUCUAAACUUGAUCAUUCCGCCAGGCAAUCAAUAAUAAAUGAUAACAAAAAUCGGGAAUCUCAGUCACAAGCUGAAGAGACACACCAACCUUCUCUAAAAGAAAUAAUUCUUGAAGCCAUAAGGCAACAUGAGAGGUGUGAGAAUCUGCUAUGGUCAGAGCACUGUUCUCUUACGACUUCAUCAGUGCCUGUGCGUUCUUUUCAAACAGAAGAAUCAGUGGUUAGGAAGCAUAGUGAUAACCUUGACCAUCUAGGUCAAGGUCAAGGCAGUGCUGGUAACAGCUCAGAAAGCACUGAUCCUAAUUCAUCUGAAACUGUAGUUCCUGCCUUUUAUUCUAGGAGUCUUAAAAAGAAAAGCACAGGAGUGGAAGAUGUUGUAGAUGUAGUGAUCAGUGAAAGUAUUGAUCUGCAUAAUAGUUCCUAUAGAGAUACUGACCCUAAGCCAGAUGAGAAGUCAAGGUCAAGUAGUGAAGUGACUGACAUUGACCUUGAUGGGUCAGCACGAAGGUCAAGGACAGACAGUGACUUCACAGACCUCGAAGCUAGGAUUGAGUCUCAAAAACUUUUGAAGAAACCCAGUUUACAAUGGGACCACAAUAUUGGUGACGAGGAAGGAUUUAUCAGCAUGGAAACAGCAACUGACAAUGAGACAUCUUUCACAGACUUUGCAACUAAAGAAGAGAAAUUUGACAAUGGCCUCAUUUCAUUUGAGGUUGGCGAGGGAGGAGAAGAGCAAGCAGAAGACAGUUCCAGUGGUGUUAUAAUCAAUGUCGAAGAUUUUGACAACCUUCCAGUGACUCUUAACCACACUUUGACCCAUACUUCAAGUUCUCCUGCCAUUCUGUCUACAAACUCUAUUCUACAGCAAGAUGGCGACUCGCCCCUGGAGAAAAGAGACCUGCCUAUCAGCCCCCAGGCUUCCAGGAGGACUGCCAGUUCCAGUGGAAGACAAAUGGGGACAAAUGGCAACAUGCUAGGUUGUCACUCCAGGCAAAUGAGUUUGGACACCAAUGCCAGCUCUGUGUUCUGGUCAAGCGAAGAGGAAAGAGGGUCAACUGGCUCACUGAAGGAAGGCGAGGACACAGAUGGUGUCGUAAGGCGUAGCAGCGUCUCAGGGUUCUCCAGGCGUCUCAGCUCUAUCAGCGUCGCAUCUGCUUACUCCACCAUCAGCACCAAUGAGGUCCCAUACCUGUUUGACCUUUCUCUGCAGGCCAGGGUCAAGGUCGCAGAUAAACCAAUCAGGGCAGUUCUGCGGACAAGAUGUAGUGGUGAGCCUGUCAUUGUCAGCUGUGCUGGUUGCUAUGGUGAUGAUGAAUCUGUCCUCAAAUGGACCAAAGAAGAGGGUGAGAAAAUGUGGACCAAUGAACCCUUCAUGGAGAUCUGCCCCAUUACUUCCUCCCCGAAACGCCCCGUGUACAUGUUCAACAAACCUUUCUCGCCAAAGAACAGCAUAAGGAGCGAGAGUGAUUUGUCGUCCUAUGAGAUCAUCCAGCUGGGAAGUAGCCCAGAGAAACAUGUCAGCUUUCACCCAGAAGAGAAAUCGGCAGAUCACCAGUUUUAUUAAAUUAUUUCUCAGUCAACCACUGGAUAAUUUCAUCUUUUGUAAAUUACCCAGGCAUUUUGUCAAUUGUCAAUCAAGAAACAAUCAUUGUUAUUAAAAAAAAGUAUUGCCAAUAUAUAUAUAUAUUGGAUCGCCUUCCCUUGGAGCCAAAAUCUAGUCCUUCAAACCCAAAAUGAUUUCAAAUUUGAUUGCAUUUUUGAUUUUAUACCUUAUAACUUUGUUGAUGAUAUAAUGUACCUUCAUGUCAACUAACGUGUUAGAAUAUGAAUUGAGGUUGUGGUUGACACUGUUAUUAAGAUUUAGUGUUUGAAGUUAUUAAAAAUUUUAAUUAGGUAUUAAUAUUUGGAUUCAUCAGUACAUCAUGUGCACUGACUUGUAACAUAUAUGUGUACUUAUGUAGUAUGCUUACAUAAUGCCUAUGAUUAUAAUAUUUCUUAAAUGUCGACUUGUUUAAUGAACAUGUAUAUAUAUAUAUAUACAUAUGUCUGCACAUCAAAUAUUUCAUGAUGGUUACUUACAAUUGGAUCUUUUUCGUAAAUUUUUUUAAAUUUAGAUACAUGAAAAUGGACCAUGUGAUUUUUGUAAUGCCCUCUUUUACAUAAUCUUUGCAAAAUCAACAACUAUUAUCUUUCUGGACAUCAGUUUAAAAAGAAGUUGUUGAGUGAAUCAUAGUUAAAGAGGGUGUAAUUAAUACAGUCAUAUAACUCUUAAUGGAGGAACCAGAUCAUACAGGCUUUUAUAGUACUUAAACAGAGUGAUUUAUUUUUAUGAGCGUGCAUAUGAACAGAGUGUUAAAUGACAUGGACCAAUCCAGAAGAUAAAGCUUGAUUUAUUUUCAUAUGUCUGCUGCUUGCGCAUUGGAAUGCAUCUUGUUUUAUGCAGACACAAAUCCCAAACAGGCACAUGCAGAAUUAAACGUGUAAAAUUUGCAGUCCCAAGUGAGAAGAAAUCUCCAACAUAUGGAUGGAGGGAUUACAUGGUGUGAAAACUACAUGUCAAAGAAAGCUUAACAGAAAAUAACUCAAGAUUUUGUGCUUCAAAAUUGGUGAGAAAUUGAUGGUAAAGAAUAAAGCAUGCUUCUUAUCAUGGCUUACAUAGAGCAUUAAUAAUUAAUUUUUUGUUAUCUUAUUAAAAGAGCAAUAUAUUAUUCUGUGAUAAUAUAAUCAGAAGUAUGAUUGUUUCAUAUUCAGAAUUGUGCUUAAGUAUAUUUUGCUUACAUGUUUGUUGAUAU